AUGCCCGACUCGCUUUCGUCAACCGCCGGCACCGGAUCGAUGGGCUCUUACGCCGGCUCGCCGACUGGUUCGACCGCGUCUGGCUCUGCCUCUAGUGUAAGCGUCUCACUCGGCAGCAUGUCCGGCUCUGACACUGCCUCGGUCACCACUAUUCCAACCUCUGCUUCAGCCUCCGGCAGCGCUGGCGGGGCGGGUAUUGGUGCGUCUUCUAGUUCAACUCCCGCUUCCGCUGCUGGAUCAGGCAGCAUGCCAGGCGCCGAUGGUGAGGCCCCCGCGGACUCUUCCGGCUCGCUCGACACAGGCGGCGACUCCGGCUCCGAAUCUGAGUCCGACUCUGGCUCUUCCUCGGGCUCAGGCAACAGCUCUGGUGACGGUGGCGUGUCCGCUUCAGCCUCAGGCUCUGGCGCUGGUUCUGGCAGUGAGACCUCCUGGGGCUGGUCCUCUGAGGGCUCUGGUGCCUCUGCUGGUGGAUCGGCCACCGCUACCGCCACUGCUGCCUUUGGUGAUUCGUCCUCGGGCCCCGACUCGUACGACAGCGUCUCUGACUCCGCCUCCGCCGACUCUUCGGCUUCCGCUUCUGCCGCUUCAGGCAGCGAUGAUUCAGGCUCCGCUUCUGGUGCUGCCUACCCCACUGGCAGCGUCGGCGGUGACACUACUAUCUUUAGUACCUCCGCCUCCUACGGUGGUUCGGGAGCCUCCGCCUCUGUGGCCGACGCCUCCGCUUCGGGAUCAUCUAGCGGAUCCGAGUCUGAGGCUUCAAGUGCUGCCUCGUACAGCGAAUCUGCAUCGGCGUCUGCUACCAUGGGCGGCGGCGACUCGGACUCUGGCACUGCAGACGACUCAGGCUCGGCAGCCGGAACCUCAGCCACUGCUUCGGCAGACAGUGGUGGCUCCUCGGAGCACCCUGCCAGCGGGGACGGUGCUGCUUCGGGAGACGCUUCGGGCGACUACGGCGCGAGCGGUACGUCUGCUACUCCCUCUGCUUCGGCCGGUUCUAGCGAUGAUGUCUCCUCCGGUGCUUCCUCCACAGCUUCGGCAUCCUACGACACUCCCAGCGGCGACUCCUCCGAUUCGGGUGACGAGUCCAGCUCUGGUUCUAUCCCAGGGGACGACUCAGCCGCUGUUUACGCCUCCGACAGCGCCGCCGCCGCAUCGGAAGCUUUCGCUACUGGAUCUUCUUCUUCUGAGUCAUUCGGCGACUCUGGAUCGAGCGAAGAAUCUGAUGAAGGCGAGUCUGAUGGCGACGAAUCGGGUGACUCCGACUCGUCUGAUUCUAACUCUGAUUCUGCCACCCAAGAGUCGUCUUCUGGUGAAACCGGCGCCUCGGAUGCUUCCCCGGCCGCCGAUCUGACCUCUGGUGCCCCCGAUCUCUCCCUCAACGGCACACUUUGCCUCAAUGUGACCAACUGCACCGCCAAUGCGACUGGCAUUCCCUACCCCAACGCUACUGCUGUCAUCGACGACGGCGCCUCUGGCUCUUUCAGCAGUGACGAGGGCUCUUCGAGCGCUUCGGGCUCCGGCGAGGAAGACUUCUCCGGUUCUGCCGACGGGGGCGAGGGCGAUGCCUCCAGCUCCUCCGAUUCUGGCGAGAAUGAUCCCUCUGCUUCCGAGACCGGUGAUGAGGGCUCCUCCGCAGCCUCUGACGACUCCAGCUCUGACCCGUCCGCCGAGGAAGGCGCUGGUGGCGAAGACUCCGCCCGCAAACGCUCUUUCAGCCAUUCCUUUCGCUCCAUCCUUCCAUUUCCCGCUCAGUUUUUUCGGGAUUCCUUUCUGAAGUCCUUGCCCCGUGCGACCACGUCCUCCGCUCACCGGUACAACCGCAUCGCGCGCCGCAAGUCUAAGCACAAGGACAACGGCGGAGAUCAGGUGCCGCUCGAUGAUGGUUCUGGCGAGGGCGCCAACGGAGCCUCUACUUCUGCUUGGUCCCCUGACUCGUCGGCGUCCGCUGCUGGCGGUGCCAGUGAGUCUGGCUGGAAGCCCGACAACCAGGCUUCCGCGACUUCCCCUGGAUCGGCGGCUGCGCAGGGUUCUUCUGGUCACGCGUCCACUCCAUCAGUCUCCGCUGAACACCCAUCUUCCUCCUCCGGCUCCCUCUCCUCGUCAGGAUCUGGUGGCUCGACCAAGUUUUCUGCCCCUCACCACGUCAUCUAUGCGAACAUCUUCCCUGGCGGAGGCAACAAGCCUCCCACUGUCGAGGAGCUCGGGCAGUACAACCGUUUGAUGCUCGCCUUCCUCACCACCAAGGGUCUUGACGCAUCGACUGUGCAGACUUGGGUAGAUCUCGACGAGGCCACUCGCAAGCAGACGCUUGACAGCUAUCACGAAGCCGGCAUCGCCGUCAUGCUUGCCGUGUUCGGUGCCGAAGACAAGCCCACGACCUCAGGCAUCAGUCCGACGGAGUUCGCCUCCACCGUCGCCGACUACGUCAAGAAGUAUGGCUUUGACGGUGCUGACAUUGAUUAUGAAGACUUCGAUGCCGCGGACGCUGGCAAGUCUGCUGCUUGGGUGACCGAGUUCCACAAGGCGCUCCGCUCUAACCUCGGUCCCGACUAUCUCAUCUCUCACGCGCCCAUCAGCCCCUGGUUCCAAGGCAGCGCAUACCCAGACGGCGCUUAUGAGACCAUCUUCAAGAACAUCGGGGACGAGCUCGACUUCUUCAACCUGCAGUACUACAAUGCUGAGGACAACUACAAGGACUGCAAGCUCAACUCGAUGGGCAUCCCCUGGGAGAAGCUCGUUAUUGGCAAGCCGAUAGCAUCGGGCGAAGCCAACACGGGCUAUAUCGAACCAGCUACGCUUGCCAAGUGUAUCGCCGAAGUCAAGUCGCUGGGUGGCCAAACGAACAUCAUGUUCUGGCAAUGGAGUGCGGAAGUUCAGAACAAUGUCGAGAUUCUUAACACGGUUAUCGGCGGCGCUGGCGCUGGCGAUGCCUCGACCGGUAGCGACGUCGACAGCACCUCUUUCCCCAAGGGCAGUGGGGCUCAUGGCGACGGCGCAGAAUCUCCAACGGGAGCUAGCUCCGCGGCUUCCUCUGGCUGGACCGGAGAAAGCGAGGGUUCGGGGGGCGACGGUGGAGGCUCUUCAAACUCCGCCGAGGAGUGA